AUGCAAUGGCUCACACUCUCUGUAUUCGCUAUUGCACUGCUCUCGGCGCUGAGCGCGGCGGCGAAUAUUUCACCUACGGCCGACCAGGCCUCAGCCAGUCCGCAGCCAAAUAAAGACGCUGAUUUAUCCGCACCUGCUGACGCACAAGUUCAAGCCAGUCCCAAACAACAAGCGCACAACAGUGUUUUCGGCGCAGGCUGUCGUUGGGAUCCAACGACAAGUAACAUAGAAGAAGUCACGUUUCAAUUCCGCACUGGUCAAGCACCUCCUUCUAACUGGUUCUCACAAGUCAACGUUCCGGCUGCUGCCGAUGCUGCCAAGACGGAUGCGAACAAGCUACAUCGUCGACAAAAUGGCCAGGAAGGAGAUGCCGAUGCCAAAAAACACAUGUUUGGGCGUGCUGUCGAACCAAGGCCAGCAAGUGGUCCUGUCCUGGACGCGUCAUAUCACACGCCUUUGAUCGACGUGCUCACCUACCGGGCACGUUACGGAUCGUUCGGUUCGUCACUCAACAGUGCAGGAUGUGCGCUUCCGGCGUUUUCUGAGCGACUCGCCGCGCUGGAAGCUCAAGAAGGCGACAUUGUCAACAACUAUACCAAACAACACAAACCCAUUGCUGGACCUGACGAUAAACCUUCCGCCAUGUUCUUCUGGGCUGGAAUUUCCAACUACGACAAUCAAGUCCGAGCGGAUCUCAUCCAGACCGUCGUCUUCUACGGUGAUGGCUGUGCAGCCAAUCCACGUCAGGGUCUGUGCAUCUAUGCGGCCGAGUACAACGAGUUUCGAUACGACUCCAACGAUCACAUGUGUAUGGGAAGUAACAUGCCCGUUUUCUACCCGAUCGAUCAGCCUAUGACAGUGCACUAUCGGACACAGGCAGGUUUUCGAACGCAAGAAGCCUGGAUUGACGGAAAGAUGGUUUCCUACCUCAGAUCGGCAGGUGACCAGGUGAUGAAUAGCUUCGUCAUCACUCAGGAGUGUAAAGGGUGCGAGUGGCCGUUGAGCGAACAGGUGUAUGAGAACAUCACCAUCAAGUUCUCCAAGCCAGAGUUGGACUUUGACAAGCUGCAAAGCUGUUCCGGUGGAGCGGGCACAAGUGCACCACCAAGGAUGAUGAACGGUGGCAAGGUAUGGGUGAUAGAUAGGGUCACGGUGCCCAGCGGCAAGCAUGUCAAGACUGCUUCGACGGACGACAGCAGCAACACGAAGAAACAAGACCAGGUCGAUGGCACAGCUGACAUGUCGGGCCAAGGUCCCGCUGAUAAAGGCGAUAACGACUCCGCUGGUGCUGCUGAUGGCAAAGCUGGAGACCCGGCUGGCGCAGACACCCCUGCGGGGCAAGCUCCUGACAAACCAGAAGCGCCUGUCGAUCCCUCUGAUCCUGCUUCUCCUUCGGGUGCCAAUCCGGGCUCGAAUCCGGCUGCACCCCAACAGCAAGUGAAAGCCGACAUCCUCUAG